AUGGGACAGAAAAGAGAGCAGACGAUCGAGGUCGAAUUCACCGAGGCGGACAAAGAGUGCCUCGUCCGACUGGUGAAGGAGCUCGUCGCCAAAGGAGCCGAGGGCGACAAGGGCGACUUCAAGGCAUGGCUCAAAGCGACGCAGAAGGGAGCGAUGAAGACCAAGCUCGAUCCUGCAAAGCACGAGUGGAGCACCCUGUCCGAUUUCGUGCUCCACCUCGUCGCCGGCAAGGGCGAGGGUAAGUGGGCCCCCGUCGCCCGUCGCCAUCUCGGCUGGUCGCGUUGGGCCCAGCGCAGGGACGAGUGGACGCGCUGGCAGAACGACCAGAACGAACACGAGCGGCCAAAGACAGGUCCCUGGUCACUCGUCGGCCGCACCGCAUCGCACGCCAACUAUGAGGAGCAGUACGCCAAGCUGCCGUCCUACAACGAGCACUGGGCGAGGAGUAAGAAGCAGAGGCCCCCGCGGUGGUGCCAGGAGAAGGGCACGCCGCCGGAGAUGCUCGGCGUGGACUGCGAGAUGUGCGAGACGGACCAGGACCCUCGGGCGCUCGUCGGCGUAUCCGUGGUGAACGAGAAGGGCAUCGUGCUGCUCAAGACCCUGGUCAAGCCCCCGGGCAAGAUCGUCGACUACAAGACAACCAUCACCGGCCUCACGGCGAAGGAUUUCAAGGGAAUAACCACCACGCUCGCCGACGUCCAGGCCAAGCUGAGGGAGUUCGUGAAGCCCCAGACCAUCCUGGUGGGCCACGGGCUGGUGCAUGACCUGCGAGCGCUCAAGUUCGACCACCUCCCGGUGAUCGACACCGCCAUGCUGUUCUCCUACAAGAACCUGCCGCGGUCCACGCCAGGUCUCGCAGAUCUGUGCAAGCGCCUGCUGGACGAGUCUAUGCGAGCGGAGGGCACGCACGACAGCGUCGAGGACGCGAAGAUGGCACUGGAGCUGGCCAAGUGGGAGGCCAAGAACGGACCCACAGGCGAACUCGAGCCCCCUGAGCACAAGGUGGACCCGAAGGACCUCGUCAAGCUCUUCGUCCACCGCAUACCGCGCGGCACCGAUGUGGACGACAUCAAGGGGAUGUUCUCCAAGGUCAACGGGACCAUCGGCGUGGACCACGUCGGGUCCAUCGUGGCGGUCAAGGGCAAGUUCCUGGGACCGAAGACCAAGAAGGACCCGGCGAGCAAGGCCAUGACCUCGGCGUAUGUGGAGUUCGAGUCUGUGGAGAAGUGCAACAUGGCGUUCAAGUCGUUGCGAGGGGCAAACGGCACCGACGCGCUGGGCCUACCCCAAAAGUCCGUGAAGAUGGUCGUCGGCUCUGAGGCGAAGAAGCCGGAGAAGGAGAAGAAGAAGCCGACCGCGAAGCCGACCGCAUCAAACGGCGAUUCGGGUCUCCCCGACGAUCUCAGCAAGAUGACCGUGGUGAAGCUGAAGGAGGAGCUGAAGAGCAGGGGCCUGGACCUGAAGGGUCUCAAGGCUGACCUCGUGGCUCGGCUUCAGGCGGCUAUCGGCACCGGCGACGGCGGAGGUUUCUCAUCGCCCGACGACGACAACUCCGACUCCGACGCGCCGCUGGCCUCUCUAGCCCCCAAGGAGACCAUGACCGUGAUGGUGAGGAAGAUGGCCGCGCACGAGGGCCGGGCCAUUGGGACUAAGGACAAAAGUGCCAAGGACGUCGCAAGCCCUGGGAAGCGAAAACCUGUCGACGGGGAGAAACCCAAGCGCAAGGUCGGUCGACCGUCGCGACGCGCGCGAUUGGCGGCCAAGGGCAUCAUCGAAGAACCUAAAUGAUGCUUUUGUAACACAUCCAUCUACUACGAAGUGCCAUCGAUGCGAAACACGCGCCUCAUCUCCGGCAGCGGUUUCCUCAUGAAUUCCGCGAGAGCCUCGGACGUUGGGUCAUCCGGGUUCCCUUUGCUUCUCGCGCUGUUCAGGGUAACCUUCAGCGCGGCAACCUCCGCGGCAGCAAAUACUGCUGAUGACGCCGCCGUCUCGGCCACCGAUCUCGCCGUAGCCGCCGCCAGGCUCACGCGCGCGUCGAGCAAUUCGCGGAGCGACAUCGUCAUCUUUUCCCGCGCCAGGCGCUCCUGCUCCAACACCGCGCGCUCGGCAGCCUCCGCCCUUUCAGCAGCCGCCCUCGCCGCGUGGACCUUCGCGGCGUCCUCAGCGGACCACUUGAGUUCAGGGUCGCACCUGUUCUCCUUGUCCGCCUCCCACGCGGACGGACCGGGUGCUUCAGGGCUAUCCCCCCGCGCGGAGGCGCUCGCAACCGCCUUUAUCGUCCCGGCCGCCUCGUCGCCCUCGCCGCGCGCGCUCGAGCUCUCCGCUCCGGACGCCACGCCGUCCAACAUGGACGUGAGCUCUCGCGCCGUGGAACCCUCGUUCCCCUCGGUCCUCGCGUUCCUCCCGUCGUCGCCGUCGCCGCCCUCCCGUGCUCCUCGCGCCGCCGCCAGUCGUCUCAACCCAUCCUCCACCGCCGCUGCCGCGGCUUCCGACAGCGCCGCAAUCCUACGUCGCGCCUCCGUCGUCGCCUCCGUCGACGGUGCCGAGUCGUGUGACGACACCUCUU